AUGAGUGGAUUAAUACCCUUAUUACUACCAUCCUCCGCGGGGUGUAAAUCAACCAUCAGUUCUUCAACAGAACCAGUCCGAAGGACAUCGCUGAUUCCGUCGUCAACUCCAUCUUCGCCGCCAUCCCUUAUUCAUCGUCGACAGCAAUCUUUACCAGCAAUUCAGACGGCAAGACGGGGUUCUCUCUUCCAACCAGCCUUGUCUAUCAUUCCGGCCACAACUUUGGAGUGGAAGAACGCUAUACAUGAGAUCAAGCGAAAGUAUCUCAACCAUAAAUACCGAGCCUGCUCAGCAAGGUGCUGCGAGAUUAUAGAUAACCUCAAAGACACAUCUGAUGUGGAACCGCUUUACCUAAUUCACCUACACUUCUAUGCUGCGUCUUCUUUUGAACUAUGCGCCAGACCACUAUCGGGUUCAUCCACCUACCGUACCAGGUUACUCCGCGAUGCUCAAACUCACUACAGUAAGGCCGAGGCCUUAAUACAGAACGCGGAGGAAAACAUAUCUCGAAAGACAAGAUCUGCGUCAUCAUGCUCUACUACCUCGAGUCUGCAUUCCCCGGGUUUCUCGCCUAGCGUACGGUCAUCAGUUUCGAGCACCACAUUUUCCUCACCCAGGACUUCGGUAUGCUCAACAGGAGAUGAGGCAGUGAUGAAGCCAAAUCCAAAAUCGGGAGUCAAGGCUAAGAAGAAGGUCUCUUUUUCCGGAUUGACCAAUCUUAUCGAGUUCCAACCCGAGCCCUAUAUUCGCCCCGAUAGUCCUACCUUAGGAUGGGAGGAUGAUAUCUUUCCUCACAACUCAGAUAGCUCUCUUCCCCUAUUUUCAUCAGGCAAGGUCAAGUCGGCGCCUUUAUCGAACUUCGAGUCCGAAGAACCGGAAAGACCUUCCGAACCCGAACCUACAAUACCAGAGCACUCCGCACCUCGCGAUACCCAGCCUGCAGAAGAGCACAGUAUUGCAGACGACAGAUUCGAUCUCUAUGCAUUUUUUCAGACGCGGUCUAUGAAUAGGAUGUGCGCGCAACUUUCUGCUUUACGUUCACAAGUAUCCUGGCAUCGCGAUGCAGUCGAGGCUUUACUAGCUGAGGCCGAUGAUGCGUCAGAACCACCCACACCAUCAGGGGACUGCUCCCCUGCCUCUUCUCUACCACCUCGUAGAAUGCCACUCGUUCGCGCGAGCACCCUCCCUAUCGAGGUUGAAUCGGGUUCAAGAUCCAGCCAAGCCACGCCUCCGUGGACGGCCCCCGGCAACCGAGACCGCUUCACCGACUCGCCCGUCCCGGAAGAUAACCCCAGAGCGAUCGUCCGACCGGCAUCCGCGGCCUCGACCAUCCGCUGUACCGACGAGGCCUUGAGGCAGCGCAUAGAGCGUCUUCGGGCUAACGGGUGGCGGCGGAAGCGGUUCGAUAGCCGGCGGUACGAAGCCCUGCGAGAACAGGUCCUCGGCGAACUUGCGUAG